UUGCUGAAGUAGUCCGCCAUAUUGUUACCAUGAACGUCGAUCUCCUCCAUCCCGAUCCCGAACUUGAGAAGUCUAAGCAUAAGCUGAAGCGCUUGGUACAAUCCCCUAACUCCUACUUCAUGGAUGUCAAGUGCCCUGGUUGCUCCCAGAUCACUACCGUCUUCUCGCACGCUCAGACUGUCGUCCUUUGCGGUAACUGCAACGUGAUGCUCUGCCAGCCCACUGGUGGUCGCGCUCGUCUCACUGAGGGUACUUCUUAUCGUAGGAAGGAUUAAGUAGUCAAGUUGCAAUAACUUCUUAUACGCUCAUUGGUAUAUUUACGUGUUGAUGAUCUCUAGCUACUACCUGUGGAGGAAGGUGUUUGUCUGCUGCCAAGUUUCGGUGACUGCAGUUUGCUUACACUCUGACCGGUAGUCGGCGAUCCUGUACACAUAACGGCGGCUUCCAGGAUUG